GGUCUGGAGUGUGGGAGCGCGAGCGCAGCUUGGACACGGAUGCGCGCGGCCAUAUUCGGCUUCACACAGAGCCACACCGGCUAGCACGGGCUAGCGGAGACUCGCCGACUGAAAGGCCACCACUCCCAAAAUCCGCGGGCACGUUUAUGUACCUCGGCGUAGCGUCUGGAGUUCUUCAUCGGGGGCUCUCGUGUUUUUUUCGGGAUACAUUCGUCCGAGGCUGAGAGGGAAUGGACGUCCGGUCAGCGUGAGAUUCGACGGGAUUAAAAAAAAGCUCCGACAUCGCAGCUUUUCAGAGUGGAAAGUAGCGUACAGAUUUUGUCGGGAUUCGCGUUAACGGUAGCUAAAGCAGAUGGAACCGGCGGGGCCUCGAGCGUGAAGAGCGGAGAGAUUUAUUUAGCGCGCCGAUCAGAAGCCUCGUUUAGUGAAGCUGAACAUAAUGUUAGGCUUGUUUUGCUAGCUAGCUAGCUGAAUAGCUAGCUAGCAAGUUGGAGUCUGGCACUUCAGUGCUCCAAAUCGGCCGAACAGAUAUUCGUGUAUUUGUUUUUUCGUUGCGCCAAGCGGCGCAGGGUUCGUGUUUUCCCCCACCAGUUCACUCCGCUUCGGGGCUGUUUUUUCUAGGCUAGGGAGUGGUGGUCAGGCCUUGACUGAUAGAAAAUGUCUGCGAAGGUGCGCCUGAAGAAGUUGGAGCAGAUGCUCUUGGAUGGCCAUCAAAAGAACGCAAGAUCACUUAGUGUCGAGACACUUCUGGAUAUUUUGAUAUGUUUGUUUAACGAAUGCAGCAGUUCGCCCUUGAAACGGGAAAAACAUGUGACGGACUUUCUGGAAUGGGUGAAGCCAUUCACCACAACAGUCAAGGAGAUGCGUCUCCACAGGGACGACUUUGAGAUGCUCAAAGUGAUAGGCAGGGGUGCCUUCGGAGAGGUUGCCGUCGUGAAGAUGAAGAACACGGAGCGAGUUUAUGCCAUGAAAAUUCUGAACAAGUGGGAGAUGCUGAAGAGGGCUGAGACUGCCUGCUUCAGAGAGGAGAGAGAUGUUUUGGUGAAUGGAGACUGCCAGUGGAUAACCACCCUGCAUUAUGCCUUUCAGGAUGAUAACUACCUGUACCUGGUGAUGGACUACUAUGUGGGCGGGGAUCUGCUAACACUACUCAGCAAGUUUGAGGACCGACUACCUGAGGACAUGGCCAAGUUCUAUGUGGCAGAGAUGGUCCUUGCCAUUCACUCAAUCCACCAGCAGCACUACGUGCACAGGGACAUAAAGCCUGAUAAUGUGCUGCUUGACAUGAAUGGCCAUAUCCGCCUGGCUGACUUUGGUUCUUGCCUGAGGAUGAUGCAGGAUGGCACGGUCCAAUCAUCAGUAGCCGUAGGAACUCCAGAUUACAUCUCUCCAGAGAUCCUGCAAGCAAUGGAGGAUGGAAUGGGGAAAUACGGCCCGGAGUGUGAUUGGUGGUCUCUGGGUGUGUGCAUGUAUGAGAUGCUGUAUGGGGAGACCCCCUUCUACGCUGAGUCUCUGGUUGAGACCUAUGGCAAGAUCAUGAACCAUGAGGAGCGCUUCCAGUUCCCAUCUCACAUCACUGACGUGUCUGAGGAUGCCAAAGACCUGAUCCAGCGGCUGAUCUGCAGCAGGGAGCGCAGGCUAGGCCAGAACGGCAUUGAGGAGUUUAAAAAGCACCCUUUUUUCUCUGGCAUCGACUGGGAGAACAUUCGUAGCACAGAAGCUCCUUAUAUUCCUGACGUCAGCUCUCCAUCUGACACCUCCAACUUCGAUGUGGAUGAUGAUGUCUUGAAAAACCCUGACAUCGCGCCUCCCAUCUCUCACACUGGCUUUACGGGACAGCACCUACCCUUUGUGGGCUUUACCUAUACCACGGAGAGCUGUUUCUCAGACGGGGGCUCUCUGAGGCUAACGGCGCUGGCUGACAGCAGCUCAGGAGAGCUGCUACGGCGCGAUGAGGAUGGAGGUCUGCAGCUGGAAGCUUUCGAAAGGAGGAUCCGCUCCUUGGAGCAAGAAAAACAGGAGCUCAAUCGCAAGUUACAGGAAUCCACUCAGGCUGCGCAGUCCCUCCAUGGCUCCAGUCGUGGGGCAGGCACAUUGGGCCGUGAUAAAGAGAUAAAAAAGCUCAAUGAGGAGAUUGAUCGCCUAAAGAAGAAACUAGCAGACUCUGAUAGGCUGGAGCACCAGCUGGAGGAAGCAGUGACUCUGCGGCAAGACUACGAGAGCUCUUCCACCAAGCUGAAGGCUCUGGACAAGCAGGUCAAAGCUCUACGGCAGGAAAAGGAAGACAUCCAUAAGCAACUGGUGGAGUCACUGGAUCGUCUGAAAUCUCAAACGAAGGAGCUGAAGGACGCCCACCAGCAGAGGAAGCUGGCCAUGCAAGAGUUCUCAGAGCUAAACGAGCGCAUGGCCGAGCUGCGGUCGCAGAAGCAGAGGCUCUCACGACAGCUCCGCGACAAGGAGGAGGAGAUGGAUGUGGUCAUGCAGAAGAUCGACGCCAUGCGCCAGGACAUUCGCAAGACUGAGAAGGCCCGCAAAGAGCUCGAAGCUCAGCUGGAAGAUGCUCGAGCAGAGGCUUCAAAGGAGCGGAAGCUGCGAGAACACAGUGAAGUUUACUCUAAGCAGCUGGAGAGUGAGCUGGAGACAUUGAAGGGCAGUGGACGAGCUUCAGGUGCGAGUGCUGAGACCCAGCAAGAGCUGACAAAGGUGAAGUCAGAACUAGAUAAGAAAGUGUUGUUCUAUGAGGAGGAGCUGGUGAGGCGUGAGGCAUGCCACAGCACUGAGCUGAAGAACCUGCGCAAAGAACUUCAUGAUUCUGAGAGCCAGCAGCUCUCUCUGCACAAAGAGCUGCUCAUGCUUAAGGACAAGCUGGAGAAGGCCAAGAGGGAACGGCAAACGGAGAUGGACGAGGCACUGGGAUCUCUGAAAGAGAAAUACGAGCGCGAACGCAACCUGCUAACCGAGGAGAACCGCAAGCUAACCUCAGAAACAGACAGGCUGGGCACAUUUGUGGACAAACUAACAGCCCAGAACAGACAGCUGGAGGAUGAGUUGCAAGACUUGGCAUCUAAAAAAGAGAGCGUUGCCCACUGGGAGGCGCAGAUUGCUGAGAUCAUUCAGUGGGUGAGUGAUGAGAAGGAUGCCCGUGGCUACCUACAGGCUCUGGCCUCUAAGAUGACUGAGGAGUUGGAGUCACUACGUAGCUCCAGCCUGGGAUCAAGACACUUGGAUCCCUUGUGGAAGGUGCGUCGCAGUCAAAAGCUGGACAUGUCUGCUCGUUUGGAACUGCAGUCGGCACUGGACGCUGAGAUCAGAGCCAAACAGCUGGUCCAGGAGGAGCUGCGCAAGGUCAAGGCUGCCAACAUCUCCUUCGAGAGCAAACUGAAAGAUGCAGAGGCGAAAAACAGGGAGCUGGAGGAACAGUUAGAAGGCAUGAAGAAAGAUCUGGAAGAGAGUCGGUCACGCACUGACAGAGGUUUAAAACUUCCAGACUUCCAGGACUCUAUCUUUGAGUACUUCAACACUUCUCCCUUGGCUCAUGACCUAACAUUCAGAACUAGCUCAGUCAGUGAGGUGGAAGCCACGCCUCAGAAAUCAGACGUUCCCUCUUCCUCCCCUUCAGUGGCUUCAGAGCAGGAUGAGCCAGCAAAGCCCUCUGCUACCACUCCGGCUGCCCCCUCUCCAGUCUACCAGUCCUCUCUGCUUACAGCGCCAAAGCCUAAAGCUCACCAGUUGAGCAUUAAGACCUUCUCCAGCCCAACUCAGUGCACACACUGCACCUCUCUGAUGGUGGGCCUGAUCAGACAGGGCUACGCUUGUGAAGUGUGUUCCUUCAUCUGUCAUGUAUCCUGUAAGGACAAUGCUCCUCAAGUGUGCCCUAUUCCACCAGAACAGGCCAAAAGGCCGCUGGGUAUUGAUGUGCAGAGAGGCAUAGGCACAGCCUACAAAGGCUUUGUCAGGAUCCCAAAGCCCACUGGGGUGAAGAAAGGCUGGCAGAGAGCGUAUGCUGUGGUGUGUGACUGCAAGCUUUUCCUGUAUGAGGUUCCUGAAGGGAAGUCCACUCAGCCUGUUGUGGUGGCAAGCCAAGUCCUUGACCUCAGAGAUGAGGACUUCUCUGUAAGCUCCGUGUUGGCAUCUGAUGUGAUUCACGCUACACGCAAAGAUGUUCCCUGCAUAUUUAGAGUAACGUCGUCCACACUGAGCUCGCCGGUGCGGGCCGUUUCUCUGCUAGUUCUGGCUGAGAGCGAGGCAGAAAAAAGGAAGUGGGUGGGCAUCCUGGAGGGCCUGCAGAGCAUCCUGGCCAAAAACUGCCUGAAGAACCGAGUUGUGCACGUCCUGCAUGAGGCUUACGACAGCAGCCUGCCUGCCAUCAAAACCACAUUGUCCGCAGCCAUUGUUGAUCGGGAGCGAAUUGCAUUGGGCACAGAAGAGGGCUUGUUUGUGGUUGAGAUCACCAGAGAUAUCAUUGUCCGUGCUGCCGACUGCAAGAAAGUUCACCAGAUCGAUCUGAUCCCCAAAGAGAAGAUGGUGGUCCUGCUGUGUGGUCGCAACCGCCAUGUGCACCUCCACCCCUGGGGUGCGCUGGAGGGUGCUGAAGCUGCUUUUGACGUGAAACUGACUGAGACUAAAGGCUGCCAGGCUCUGACUACAGGUGUGCUGCGACCUGGGGGCCCUGCCUGCCUGCUAGCAGCCGUCAAGCGCCAAGUCCUGUGCUACGAGAUCACUCGUGCUAAGCCCCACUACCGCAAGCUGUGGGAGGUGCAGGCACCGGGCGUAGUACAGUGGCUCGGUAUGGUGCGGGAACGCUUGUGCGUGGGCUACCCAUCAGGCUUUGCCCUGCUUGCCCUUCAGGGUGAGUCUUCACCUGUGAGCCUGGUGAGCCCUGGGGAUCCAUCACUGGCUUUCCUGGCCCAGCAACCUCUGGAUGCGCUGCAUGCCAUGGAAGUGGGAUCUAAUGAGCUGCUUCUGUGCUUCAGUCAGCUGGGAGUCUAUGUAGAUGCUCAGGGACGGCGCUCCCGCACCCAGGAGCUUAUGUGGCCUGCCACACCACUCGCCUGCAGCUCAAACUCCACUUACCUAACUGUGUACAGCGACUAUGGAGUCGAUGUGUUUGAUGUCCAUACCACAGAAUGGGUCCAAACCAUUUCAUUAAGAAAGAUCAGACCUUUGAAUGUGGAGGGCAGUCUAAAUCUUCUGGGCUCAGAGCAGCCCCGGCUCAUCUACUUCAGCAACAACUCUGCAGAAGGGUGUGAUCUAACCAUCCCUGAGACUUCAGACAACAGUAAGAAACUCAUGGUGAGAACGCGCAGCAAGAGGAAGUUCCUCUUCAAGGUUCCCGAAGAGGAGCGGAUACAGCAGAGGAGGGAGAUGCUGAGAGACCCAGAAAUGAGAUCUAAGCUGAUUUCCAAUCCCACUAACUUCAACCAUGUGGCCCACAUGGGUCCAGGAGAUGGAAUGCAAGUCCUCAUGGACCUGCCUCUGCAGCCGAGUGAGAGUCCUUCCCCCUCAUCCUCUCGUCACCACGCCCUGAUCUCUCCUCCAACCAACUUUGAGCACGUGUAUCACAUGAGUCCCGUCUCUGCUGGGUUCUAUCUGCAGAAAGAGCCUUCCUCGCAGCAGAGCCUGCCACAGCUCUCCUCCUCUUCCUCCUCACCCUCCACCUCCUCCCUCGGAAGGAGUGUGAUGCCCUCUUCUCAGGAUGAUUCAAUUAGGGAAAAGCCACGCCCCCUCUCUAGUAUUUCACGGCAACAGAGGAGUAAGACUCACAUCACACGUACUGCCUCAGGGGGUGGCGAUUUUAUUGGAGCCGGGUCAUCUCGCAAUAUCUCAGAUCCUGAUCAGGACUUUGAGAGAGAGCCUGACUCAGACUCCACCAAACACUCCACCCCGUCCAACAGCUCUAACCCCAGCAGCCCCCCAAGCCCAAACUCCCCCCAUCGUAGCCAGCUCACCCUGGAUGGCCUGGAGCACACCCUGGAUGGCUGAUAAAGAAGACUGCCCUGUUUCCACCCACCUUCACUUUGAAACACACUUUCCUUCCCACUGCUCUCCAGUCAGUUAGGACUCGCUACAAAGUGCCAAGAUUCAGACUCUCAUCUCCCGGUUUCAUCUCUAGACACCUAAGACACCUUUACCGCCAAAACUCUUCACUCUCCAGGCUGCUUGGCUAGAGAAAAAAAUCCCCUGGACAGAACUGGGAAACCGACAUACAGUCGGAAAACUUCUGUGAUGUGCUCCUAGUGGAGUGUGCUGCCUGGCUCAUGCAAAGCGAGCCUGGAUGAGAAUCAAAGCUCCUGCCAUGUCUGGCAUCUGGAUGUGUGUAAAGUCUGCCCCCUGCUGGAGCAACGGUGGUAGCAUAGCUAACAGGGUCUAAUCAUCAGUAUGUUGAUUUUUGAUUUAUCUCAAUUCCAUGUCAUGCUCCUGUGAGGGUUUCUUUUCUUUUUUUUUAACUCAGAAGAUGAAUGGGUAGCUAGCAGCUGCCAGGCAAUUAAAAAUGUCAGAAAAUCUAUGCUCACAAAAAAUAUCUGUAAUCAUGAACUGCUCUGAUCGUGAAAGAGACUUUCUGUUUCGUAAAAUUACACAAGUGAGGGAAAAUAGACUUUCCUGUUUUUAAGUGUAUAAUAUUUCAGUGGAUAUGUUCACUCAUCAUGUGGUGGUAGGAAGGACCUGAGGGACUCUUAAUGAUUCUGCAGACCAAGGACAAGGACGUAGCUGGACCAGUAAUGAAAAAGUUUUUUUUGCUGUUCUUUAUCAGUGACCGUUCUCUACGUAGUCUGAGUGCUGGCUCAGAGCAGUUACAAAGAGGCAUUGACACUUAUCAGACUGGGGAUUUUAAGCCAAACAAGUGGGCACUUUUAUUGUAAUGUAAUUCUUUUUUUUUCCCCCUCCCAGAUCUGAAUUUUCAGGCAGCCUUUGUAAUAUCAUUGUUUUAACCUAGACAUUUGAGACAAAACAUACUUAACUGGUGGAACACUGCACAUUACCACAAAGAAAAAACAAAAGAAAAAGAAACUGAACAGUAAUAAGACUUUACAUAUAGAUAAGUGUUUUAACAAGAGAAAUGGCACACAGCUAAAAGACCAUACUAUUCAUAGGAUUUCAAUAGUUCUUCUGAAACUGCUGCUGCUGCUUUUAUGUGCUAUGUAAAGAAAUAACUAUGUGAUCAAGAUUCUCACCAUAGCCAUGCUCAGUCCCUAGUUUAUAAAUUGUUGCAUUAAGGAGUAUCUACAGGCGGCCCUGUGCGAGUUUCUCGAACAUAGACGUUAUCAUAAAUGUGGAACGCUCAUGUACGUGGUGGAAUCAGAACCGCAACAUGAGAGCUACAGGCAUGACUGUCAUAUCCAUUUUCUCACUAGCGUGCCUUCAGUGCCAUUUUGUGUUACAGCAACUCUUUGUCCGCUAAAGCAUUUCAGUUGUUUUUAACAAGACAGGCUAAUGGUGAUGUUUUAUUAUUUGUGUUCCUCUCCCCCCCCUCCCUGAAACACUGUAUGAAACUUGCACAUGAACAUGUUUUAGUCCAAGGAAAUUUCUUUUGAUUUGUGUUGAUGGUCUUUCUUUCCUGUUCCUAUUCCCCCGUCCCCUCCACCUGACUUUUCAGCUUCCUUAAAAAAAAAAUGGGACUUUAUCCUCAAAACACUACUGCUUUUACUUCAGAAGAAACAAAUCACACGUUGAAAUCUUUGUAAUUAUUGAAUUGUUAGCCUCAUAAAUUUGAACAAACAAUAAAAAGAGUAUCUGUCGUGU